UUAAUGAAUAGCUUGAAUUACAUUGAUCAAAGCCUUAUUCUUUAACAACAAUUAAUUCUUUAACAGAUGUUAAUCUAUAUUCAGAUUUUAAAGUAUUUCAUAUACAAAAUUCAUAAGAGCUUCAUUUAAUCAAACCAUGCCUACUUCAAAGAUCCUAAAUUAAAAAUUAGAAGAGAUAGACUUUUCAAAUACUUAAUUGCCUAAGCAUGAUGACACUAAUCCUAUUCAACCACAUGAAUAAAAAUUAAAAACAAAAUCACAAAAAAAAUCCGAGAAAAAAGGAAUGAAAUAACCAAAGACAUAAAACACAUGUAAUAAAUAGUAAGAUGAAUUUCCUAAAACAAAGAAAGUGUUUCUUUCGAUGUUGAAUAUUAAAGAAGCACAAUAUAAAAAGUAAAUAUCAAAUUACAAUAUAUUAGAUUCAAAGCAUAAAGAAAUGAAGAAAAUUAAAAAAGUACUGCAUUAAUUGAUGAAUAAAAAUGA